UUAGGAGUCCACUUAACUUCCAACCUCUCCUGGAACACUCAUCUAGAUUAUAUCCUUAGGAGGGCUAACCAGUCACUUGGUUUCUUAAGAAGGCAUUUAUAUAUGGCAACAGCAGAAACGAAACUACUUGCAUACUCUACCCUCAUUAGGCCAAAGUUGGAAUAUGCAGCUAUAAUUUGGAACCCGCAUCAAAAAUAUUUAAUUAAUCAUUUAGAAUCAUUACAAAACAGGGCCACCAGGUUUAUACUAAAAACGUAUUCACCUAUAAGCGUCAGUCAACUUAAGAGUUCACUUGGUUUAUUGACUCUCCACGAGCGAAGAUACCUCGCAAGGUUAUCCCAUUUUCAUAAACUCUAUCAUAGUUCCUCAGAUUUCCGUCAAAACAACAUUCUCCCACCGGCUCGCAUUUCCCCUCGUCAUGAUCAUUGUUACAAAGUUCAUAUUCCAUUUGCAAGAACUAAUCUGUUCAAAUACUCCCCGUUCGUACAAGCGGCGACUGAAUGGAAUGAGUUGGCAAGCGAAAUUGCGACGGUCACUGAUCAUGAUACAUUUAUGUUGUUAUUGCGUGAAUCUUUAGGGUGAAUGAAUCAUAUAUUGCCCUGUAUGUUUGUUACUCGCUCGCUGGGUCUAUUGCUUUUUUUCUAGCACGUCGA